AUGCCCCAAGUCGUGGGUCAGCUCCCACCUGGGGUGACAACCCAAGUGGUGGGUCAGCUCCCACCUGGGGUGACAACCCAAGCUGUGGGUCAGCUCCCAUCUGGGGUGCUGCCCCAAGUUGUGGGUCAGCUGCCCGCUGGGGUGACAUCCCAAGUUGUGGGUCAGCUCCCAUCUGGGGUGACAACCCAAGUUGUGGGUCAGCUGCCCGCUGGGGGGAUGCCCACAACAGUGGUGCAGCUCCCACCUGGGGCGGUCCCUCAAGUUGUGGGUCAGCUGCCUGCUGGGGUGAUGCCCCAAGUCGUGGGUCAGCUCCCACCUGCGGGGAAUCCCCCAACUGUGGGUAAGCAACCACGUGGGAGGAAGGCCCCAGCUGUGGGCAAGCGGCCACGUGGGGGGAAGCCCCCAACCGUGGGUCAGCUCCCACCUCAGGGGGUGCCUCCCAUUGUGGUUCAGCUCACUCUCGAGGGGCUGCUCACUGUUUUGGAACAUCUCCCACCUGGAUGGCAGCAGUUACCCCUGCUCUUGCUCCUACCCGGGGGCAUGAAGCCGGGUAUGCCUCCCCCCAAUGCCCCUGCCCACUACUGGGAUCAUCCCCCGGUGGCAGGGACGAUGCAGCCCCAGCAGUGUGGGCAGCCCCCGCAGCCCGCAGGCAGCUGCCCGCUGCAGGCUGCCAGCCAGCCCGGCCCCUCCACUGUCCUCCAAGGACCUCCGGUGCAGCAGCGGGUGCGCCUCGUGCCCGGCACCCUGCCCACCAUCUUAGAGCAGCCCGAGGAGCUGGAGGACCAGGGGCAGCCAGCACCCAUCGGCGUGUGCCCCCAUCCCAACGCGGCUCCGCUCAGCUGCAGCAUCGCAGCGCUGGAAUCAGGUGCAGCGACAACCAGCGCAGACAUCCCGGAGGACAUCACCGACAUCGGUGACCUCCUGGCUUGGAUGAACAGCGAACUGGCACCCAAAGAGGUCCCGGACGACAUCCCGGGCACGGAUGAGGACGCGGCCGAGUGCCCAGCCCCUGCCUGCACCCCCAGCGGGCACCAGCAGAGCGCUGGCAGCAUCCGAGCCACCAAGAGGAAGCUGCCGCAGAGCCAGGAUGCUCCAGAACAAAAGCGCUCGCGCUAG